AUAUUGCCAAAAAAUCGUUUGCUCCGGAAGCAGGUUCAUGCCAGACUCGCACGAAAUAGCAGAAAAUUGUUAAUUACUAAUUUACAGAUUUUGACGUUGCAUUAUGAACGUUGCACGAAGUAUUAUGGUUCGGGAAACACAUACGGAAUGGCGUCGGAGACCGAGAAGAGACUUUCGAUGCUGCUGUUUUAUGCAAUUUUUGACUCGUUGGGUAGCAAGCCCUAUGAUCCAGAACUGUUCGGCAAAGCACUGCCAUGCCUGACUGCUAUUGGCUCCGCAAUAUCACCGGAUUACACGUUGACUACAGCAAGUGAAGAUUUGACAGAUUCGGCAAAAACUGUAAGUGAUCAAGGUGUCUGGAUUCCGAAACCAACCGAAGUAAGUAAAGUUCGCUUGGGCAGUGAUCUGGAAUCGAUAAUUGCAAAAUUUGCGGAACACUUCCACGAUUCAUGGGCUAGCCGAAAGGUAAACUUUUUGCUUUUCAAUUAUCGUAAGCAACUAAACAUGUUUGCAGAGAAUUGUUAG